AUGGGUGCUCAGAACAACACAAUUAACAAUGAUUCCAGUCAAGAACACCUGGAAAAUGGGUACUACAGAUACACUCUGCUCAUAAUAUACUCUGUAGUACUUUUAGGUGGCACUGUAGGCAUCACACUCAUGAUUAAUAUCCUCAAAUCCAACAUGCGGUCGGUGACUACCGUGGCUAUCCUCAAUGUAAUUGUGGUGCAUCUCUUCUUCUUGCUGACGGUACCCUUCCGCAUCUACUACUACGCGUCCGGCCAGUGGAAUAUGUCUCAGAACUUCUGCAAGAUGGUCAGUGGCAUGAUCCAUGCACACAUGUACAUUGCUUUCACCUUCUACGUGAUCAUUCUAGUCAUUCGCUAUUUCGCCUUCUACAGCAGCAGGGACAGGGUGGAGUUCUACAGGAAGCUGCAUGCCCUGGUAGCCAGCAUCACGGUAUGGGUGGCUGUGCUAAUCAUUGUUCCUUCUGUGCUCAUUUAUGGAUAUGGACUGUCCCAAGCAAAGAACGGCACAGAAUGCUUCAAUUUCGGAGUAGAGCUGGGACACGCUGGAGUGGCUGCGCUGAACUAUGGAAUCAGUUCGAUCAUAAUUGUAGUUUCCAUCGCGUGCACUUGCUGCCAGGCACACAUUUUGUGGCGCAUUCUGAAGAGGUAUGGGCCUACCACCUACGCCCAGCAGGACUUCUGGGCUCAGAUGAAAAGCCUCUGCUUUGUGCUGGUCAUGCUUGUCUGUUUUGUGCCCUACCAUGUGUUCCGGGUUCACUACGUGAGGAACCGUGAAGCUCUUGGACAGCAGAAUGAGGUCUUCCUAGCACUGACGGCACUGUGCUGCUUUGAUGUCUUCACUUUUAUGGGGAGGGGCACCUAUGGGAACUGCAAUAUCAUUUGCUGUGAUGUGGGGAACACUACAUGA